AUGGCUGCUCUGUGGCUGCUCUCCUGCCUGGCGCUCCUCGGCUCGGCUCAUGGCUGUGGUGUGCAGGAAAUCCAGCCCAUCAUCAGCGGCUACGCCCGCAUUGUGAAUGGUGAGGAGGCGGUUCCCAGAUCCUGGCCCUGGCAGGUCUCCCUGCAGUCACAGACGAGCAGCUGGCACUUCUGUGGCGGCUCCCUGGUCAGCGAGCGUUGGGUGGUGACAGCUGCGCACUGCGGAGUGACAAAAUCCAACGUGGUGGUGCUCGGGGAACAUGACCGCAGCUCCUCCCAAGAGAAAGUGCAGAAACUGGCCAUCCAGCAGGUUUUCACCCACCCGCAGUAUAACUCCAACACCAUCAAUAAUGACAUCGCGCUCAUCAAGCUGGCCACGGCCGCGGAGCUGGGCAGCACUGUGGCCCCGGUGUGCCUGGCAGCUGCCGGGGAGCAGUACCGGAGUGGCCAGCUCUGCGUCACCACCGGCUGGGGCAAGACCCGCUACAACGCCUUAGGCACCCCAAGCAAACUGCAGCAGACGGCGCUGCCCCUGCUGACUAAUGAGGAGUGUAAAAACUACUGGGACGGCAACAUCCUAGACUCAAUGAUCUGCGCUGGAGCAGCCGGCUCCUCCUCCUGCAUGGGUGACUCUGGCGGCCCCCUUGUCUGCCAGGAGAACGGAGUCUGGUAUCUGGUGGGCAUCGUGUCCUGGGGUAGCAGCCGCUGCGCCACUACCUCGCCAGGCGUCUACGCCCGCGUGAGCCUGCUCCGCCCAUGGAUCGACAGCAUCAUGGCCAACAACUGA